UGGGAGCGCAAGCGCGAGCGCUAGCGCGGCUGCAGCGGGCAGCAUGGCGAGCACGGCCUCGGAGAUCAUCGCCUUUAUGGUUUCCAUCUCGGGCUGGGUGCUGGUGUCCUCCACGCUGCCCACCGACUACUGGAAGGUGUCCACCAUCGACGGCACGGUCAUCACCACCGCCACCUAUUGGGCCAACCUGUGGAAGACGUGCGUGACCGACUCCACGGGCGUCUCCAACUGCAAGGACUUCCCCUCUAUGCUGGCGCUGGACGGUUAUAUCCAGGCAUGUAGAGGACUUAUGAUUGCCGCUGUCAGUCUGGGCUUUUUUGGUUCCAUAUUUGCCCUGUUUGGAAUGAAGUGUACCAAAGUCGGAGGCUCAGAUAAAGCCAAAGCUAAAAUUGCUUGUUUGGCUGGAAUUGUAUUCAUACUGUCAGGGUUGUGCUCAAUGACCGGUUGUUCCCUCUACGCAAACAAAAUCACAACAGAAUUCUUUGAUCCUCUCUAUGUUGAGCAGAAGUAUGAAUUAGGAGCUGCUCUGUUUAUUGGUUGGGCGGGAGCCUCACUCUGCAUAAUUGGUGGUGUCAUAUUUUGCUUUUCAAUAUCUGACAACAACAAAACACCCAGAAUGGGAUACGCAUACAACGGGGCCACAUCUGUCAUGUCUUCUCGGACGAAAUAUCCUGGCGCAGGAGGAGAUCUUAAAACCACAAACCCUUCAAAACAGUUUGUAAAAACGCUUAUGUCUGAAAGGAAAACCACCGCGAGCUGUCUUACUAUAAAAGUGAACUGUUCACAGAUGAUCCCCGCAAGGCCCUCCUGUAAUUCACACUCAAACUAUUUUUAAAACAUGAAUUUGGAGAAUUUGCUGAUUGUAUGGAUGUAAAUGUUCUUACACAGUUAUAUACUAAUCAUUUUCUGUUGUGGCUUUCUAUAAGAAAAUAAACAGGUUAUUUACAGGA